UUUGUAAUGAUGAUGAAUUAAGUGUUGGAGGCUCGUGUUAUCUCCUGGGAACUGGAAGAGGCUCUUGGUAUGAAGCUGACGCAUACUGCAAAUCGGUGGACGUUAGUUAUUACCUAGCAGAAAUUGAAACUGCAGAAGAACACAGUUACCUCCAGGGUAACCUUACAUUGUUACCACAAUCAAGAUGGCGAUUCUGGCUCGCUAUGAUACAGUACAAUGUUGGAAAUUGGACGUGGAUUUCAGGAGAAUUAUUAACAUUUGAUAUAUGGGAAGAUGGCUAUCCAUCUGGUCAGUACCAUUGUGGUGCUUUAGUCAGAGGUGGGGAGAAUAAGAAGGAACAUUUCCGUAUGCGAGAUGUAGAAUGUGAUUCUACUCGUUAUAUUUUAUGUGAAAGAGGUGGCCGAAUUACAUGUGCUGAUCCUGGUAACUUGGCUAAUGGAAAAAUAUCACCAGAUAUUGAAUAUCCAGCUGCAUAUCAACAAAUAUUGAGUUUUACAUGUGAUGAUGGUUAUGAAUUAAUGGGAGCUUCUACAAUUUUUUGCAAUAUUGAUGAAUGUGAACCAGGAUAUAAAUGGAGUGACAGUAUUCCAGAGUGUGUACCAAAAGACUAUUGCCCCACCCCUGAUUUUCCAACACAUGUUGGAGUUGCUGACUACUCUUUGACUUUUCCUGUGGAGAAUGGUACUGUUAUUGAACUGAAAUGUAAUCCAGCACGAUAUGAGAUGAUUGGAGAUCCACUGACACUAUGUAUAAAUAUGACAUGGACAACAAUGCCUAAUUGUACAGCAACCACUGAUUUCACAUCAUUGGAACCAACCACUGAUUUCACAUCAUUAGAACUGACAACUGACUUGAUGUCAUCAACAUUGCCACCUAGUACUGAAAUAACAUCAAUGGGAACAACAACUGAUAUUAUUAGUCCUCAUACUUCAACAUCUGUAACUCCCCAUAAAUCUACUACAGAUGCUGCAACAUCAUUUCAAACAACAGCAGAGCCAAGUCAAUGUAGCAAUCCAGGACAUCCUCCCAAUGGUAAACUGAUAAAUACAACAAACAUAUCAUUUCCUGCCAUACCUGGUACUGAAGUCAGCUAUGAAUGCUGUGAUGGAUUUGAAGCUGCAUCUGAUACUUUGAUAUGUGUGGAAGACAACGGUGGCGCAUUUUGGAAACCGGCGUAUCCGGUCUGCAUUCCAGUUUGUAAUGAUGAUGAAUUAAGUGUUGGAGGCUCGUGUUAUCUCCUGGGAACUGGAAGAGGCUCUUGGUAUGAAGCUGACGCAUACUGCAAAUCGGUGGACGUUAGUUAUUACCUAGCAGAAAUUGAAACUGCAGAAGAACACAGUUACCUCCAGGGUAACCUUACAUUGUUACCACAAUCAAGGUGGCGAUUCUGGCUCGCUAUGAUACAGUACAAUGUUGGAAAUUGGACGUGGAUUUCAGGAGAAUUAUUAACAUUUGAUAUAUGGGAAGAUGGCUAUCCAUCUGGUCAGUACCAUUGUGGUGCUUUAGUCAGAGGUGGGGAGAAUAAGAAAGAACAUUUCCGUAUGCGAGAUGUAGAAUGUGAUUCUACUCGUUAUAUUUUAUGUGAAAGAGGUGGCCGAAUUACAUGUGCUGAUCCUGGUAACUUGGCUAAUGGAAAAAUAUCACCAGAUAUUGAAUAUCCAGCUGCAUAUCAACAAAUAUUGAGUUUUACAUGUGAUGAUGGUUAUGAAUUAAUGGGAGCUUCUACAAUUUUUUGCAAUAUUGAUGAAUGUGAACCAGGAUAUAAAUGGAGUGACAGUAUUCCAGAGUGUGUACCAAAAGACUAUUGCCCCACCCCUGAUUUUCCAACGCAUGUUGGAGUUGCUGAUUACUCUGUGACUUUUCCUGUGGAGAAUGGCACUGUUAUUGAGCUGAAAUGUAAUCCAGCACGAUAUGAGAUGAUUGGAGAUCCACUGGCACUAUGUAUAAAUAUGACAUGGACAACAAUGCCUAAUUGUACAGAACUGACAACUGACUUGAUGUCAUCAACAUUGCCACCUAGUACUGAAAUAACAUCAAUGGGAACAACAACUGAUAUUACUAGUCCUCAUACUUCAACAUCUGUAACUCCCCAUAAAUCUACUACAGAUGCUGCAACAUCAUUUCAAACAACAGCAGAGCCAAGUCAAUGUAGCAAUCCAGGACAUCCUCCCAAUGGUAAACUGAUAAAUACAACAAACAUAUCAUUUCCUGCCAUACCUGGUACUGAAGUCAGCUAUGAAUGCUGUGAUGGAUUUGAAGCUGCAUCUGAUACUUUGAUAUGUGUGGAAGACAACGGUGGCGCAUUUUGGAAACCGGCGUAUCCGGUCUGCAUUCCAGUUUGUAAUGAUGAUGAAUUAAGUGUUGGAGGCUCGUGUUAUCUCCUGGGAACUGGAAGAGGCUCUUGGUAUGAAGCUGACGCAUACUGCAAAUCGGUGGACGUUAGUUAUUACCUAGCAGAAAUUGAAACUGCAGAAGAACACAGUUACCUCCAGGGUAACCUUACAUUGUUACCACAAUCAAGGUGGCGAUUCUGGCUCGCUAUGAUACAGUACAAUGUUGGAAAUUGGACGUGGAUUUCAGGAGAAUUAUUAACAUUUGAUAUAUGGGAAGAUGGCUAUCCAUCUGGUCAGUACCAUUGUGGUGCUUUAGUCAGAGGUGGGGAGAAUAAGAAGGAACAUUUCCGUAUGCGAGAUGUAGAAUGUGAUUCUACUCGUUAUAUUUUAUGUGAAAGAGGUGGCCGAAUUACAUGUGCUGAUCCUGGUAACUUGGCUAAUGGAAAAAUAUCACCAGAUAUUGAAUAUCCAGCUGCAUAUCAACAAAUAUUGAGUUUUACAUGUGAUGAUGGUUAUGAAUUAAUGGGAGCUUCUACAAUUUUUUGCAAUAUUGAUGAAUGUGAACCAGGAUAUAAAUGGAGUGACAGUAUUCCAGAGUGUGUACCAAAAGAACUGACAACUGACUUGAUGUCAUCAACAUUGCCACCUAGUACUGAAAUAACAUCAAUGGGAACAACAACUGAUAUUACUAGUCCUCAUACUUCAACAUCUGUAACUCCCCAUAAAUCUACUACAGAUGCUGCAACAUCAUUUCAAACAACAGCAGAGCCAAGUCAAUGUAGCAAUCCAGGACAUCCUCCCAAUGGUAAACUGAUAAAUACAACAAACAUAUCAUUUCCUGCCAUACCUGGUACUGAAGUCAGCUAUGAAUGCUGUGAUGGAUUUGAAGCUGCAUCUGAUACUUUGAUAUGUGUGGAAGACAACGGUGGCGCAUUUUGGAAACCGGCGUAUCCGGUCUGCAUUCCAG